UAAUGAUAAAACAGUACAUUUCAUCUUUAUAUCUCAAAUGAGAUAAAUACAUUAUUUCAAUAUAUUUUAUAAAAGUAUUAAGUAAAAAUUUCUUACUAGAAACCACUAUUGUAUAGUAACUUAUAGAACAUCGUUCUUAUAUAAACAGUACUAUCAAGUAAUAUUAAGAGAGUAAUUUUUUGUUAUCAUCUUUAGUCAAUUAUAGCAUACUUAUAAUUUAAAAGAUUCUUUUUUAAAUAAAAUGUACAGUGUUGAUAAUGUCAAUUAAUUUUCUAAAUUACUUCAUUCAUACUACAAAUAUACGAUUCUUGCACACUGUUAUUAAAAAUAGGAAUAAACAUUGCAUGUACAUCAAUAAAACAAAUCCUUUUCAAUCAUACUGAGGUGUGACAUUAAGACUUCGCUAAUAACAAUCUUUAAAUAAAAUUAAUAGUGUCACAAAAAUGCUGCAAUUUAAUACGGCAGCUUUUACAAUAGCAACCAGGUUUACUUCUCGAUUUUUAUGGCGAUUAAAUGCAUCAUUAAGUACAAAUACAGUAGCAGUAAUCUCUGAGUCGAAGACUGCUGUUAAGCUUGGUGACCAAAUAAAGGAAAUGAUAUCAAAUAUAACGAUAGUUGAUGAACAACACUUGGGAUUGGAUAAAUUAAAAAUAGAAUUGUGUAAAGAUUUAAAUAUAAAGCCAAUAAUUACUGAAAAGAUUAAAAAAGCACAAACUGUACAAGAAAUACUAGAAACUGUGAAAACAUCUUCUAUGCCUCAAAAUGAUAUUUUGCAUAUUCUCAAAGCUAUUUCGAUUUGGGUACAUAAUAAGGAGGAAAGUAAAUCAAGUACUAAAAUAAAUAAAAGUUCUGUACAAAGCCAAACAGGAGAUAACAACACAACAUUUAAAAAUUCUCCGCUUAAUACUGAAGAUUUUUUUUCUCAGUAUUAUAAUCUUUCAACGUCUGCAAUGAUCAAGAAUAUAAAUAAAUUAGCACAAGCAGGUGACAGAAAUGUGAAACUUUUAAAUUAUUUCUUUAACAAUAUUAUUGAAUAUCAUGAAUUACUGAGUACGAAAGCAUGUUCAAAUCUAAUGUUUAGUAUGAGCACUUUGAAUUACUCUGAUGAGAGAUUACUUAAAAAAAUUUGUAAAGAUUUCAUAAAGAGUAAAAGUGUUUCUGAUAAUGAAACUAAUUUUGUAACAAUAAUAUCUUUGUUAAAAUCUAUGGCAUUUGUCAGAUAUAAAAAUAAUGUAUUUUUAAAUCAGCUAUGUGAUGACAUUAUUAAAUCCAAAAUAAAAUAUAGCAACACACAAAUUGCAAGCAUUUUACAGUCAUUUGCAACAUUAGGUUAUCAUUCUCAAUAUGUAAAUGACAUCAUAGAGGAAUAUUUCCCAAAUUCAGAGAUUGAGAAACUUCAAUACUCUGCCAGAUUAAAUCUUGUAUGGUGCUUUGCUGUAUUCAAAAUAUUGCAAAACGUACAUGCUGAAUCUGUAUUAAAUGAAAAGUUUGUUUCAAAAAUAUUGAUCUUUGAUACAGAAAUCAACAAAAAAUUAUCCCAUCAGUUAAAAUUAUUAAAUAUCAAUGGAUAUGCACAAUAUGCACUCAACAAUUAUUCCGGACCUCUUUUGAAUAAUGAGAUAGUACCACGUAUAGUGAGCAAACGUACAAAACAAAAACAAGCGUAUGUUGAAGCACUACAAGUCACAUUAAAAAAUAUGUUGCCAUCUACAUCUCAUUUCAAUAUGAGUAUAAAUACCAACAUGGGGUUCCUUUUAGAUGCUGAAAUAUGUGUAGAUCACAAGUUUAAUUUUAUUAGUAUGGAUAGUGAUACUAAAAAUGGAAAUUUCAUUAAGAUAGCUUUAUUAUUAGUUGAUUAUUAUGACAUGUGCCUAGGAGAUACAGAUUAUCAAGGAUUAAUUAAAUUGCAUAGACAUUUAUUGGGAUGUAACAAUUAUGAAGUAUUAAUUAUACCUUACCAAUAUUUUGGUAUAGAAGAUAAAAUUGAAAAGCGUACAAGUUACUUAAGACAUCAAAUAUUCCAAAUAUUUCGGAAAAAAACGGAUAAUAAUUAACUAUGAUUUCAUAUGUUGUAAUAUUCGAUAAAUAAAAAAAUUAUAGGAUGUAA